UAGUGACAAUUAGAAAUGUUGUCACUAUUCGAUAAAUCUUUAUCACUGUUCGGCCUCCAGGAGUGAUUUCGGUUUGGAAUAGCAAAAUGAAGAACACAGUUACAGUGAUACUAAUUUUAUUAACAAGUCACUAUGGAAGUUGUGCAAAAAUCUUGGGUGUGUUUAGUGCACCAGGACGUAGCCACUACAUCCUUGACAGUACGUUAAUGAAAGCCUUAGCCGACAAGGGACACGACGUUACCGUGAUUAGUGCCUUCGGUGAAAAAGAGCCACCGAAAACCAAAGGGACUUACAGAGACAUUGUGGUCACAGAAAUUUUAGAAAACAGAAAAGAAAUGAUGGAGAAGCAAAAUAUGAACAUGUUCGACCGGGAAGACGUGAACCCGUUCCUUUCAACCAUUUUCAUAGGGCUGUUCAUGCCCAAGAUGUUGGAACCAUCGCUACGAAACGAAAAAGUCCAAAAAUUGAUUCAUUCCAACGAAAAAUUUGAUGCAGUCAUUGUAGAACAAUUUAUGAACGAUGCAGACAAAGCACUAGCAACACAUUUCGGGGCACCUUUGAUAGUUCUGUGUCCCGUGGGGGCAAACUCUUGGGUGAACACGAUAGUUGGAAAUCCUAGCCCUACGUCGUAUAUUCCAAUGAUACAGACCGCUUAUUCGGUCCCCAUGACGUUUUGUGAGCGACUUGUCACCAGUCUUUUGUAUGUAUUCGGGCAAAUAUUUUUCGCUUUGGUUGUAUACCCUAACGAAAACGCGAAGAUUCAAAAAUCCAUCCCGAACGGACCUGAUAUUUCUGACGUACUUUAUAAUGCUUCCAUUGUUUUGAUGAACUCUCACCCGAGUCUAAACCAACCUGUGCCGUACGUACCCAAUAUGAUCGAUAUAGGAGGGUUUCACGUACAACCACCAAAGAAACUCCCUCAAGACUUACAAGGGUUUUUAGACAACGCGAAAGACGGUGUCAUCUAUUUCAGCAUGGGUUCUAAUUUGAAAAGUGCUGAUUUUCCUCCAGAGAAAAGGGACGCGAUUUUGAGGACGUUCUCGAAGUUGAAGGAACAAGUUUUGUGGAAAUGGGAGGAGGAUGUUUUGCCUGGGCAACCGAAGAAUGUUAAAUUGUCUAAGUGGUUACCCCAACAAGACAUUCUAGCGCACCCAAAUGUCAAACUUUUUAUCACUCAUGGGGGUUUCUUAAGUACUACCGAGACCGUUUACCACGGGGUACCCAUUUUGGCGAUUCCUAUAUUUGGUGACCAAAAAUUAAACGCCAGAACUGCUAAGGACAACGGUUUUGGUCUUGUGCUACCGUACCAAGAGAUUACUGAGGAUAGGUUUACGCAAAGUAUUCAAGAAAUUUUAAAUAAUCCUAAAUAUAGAAAUAACGCCAAAAAGAUUUCUGAGACGUUUCACGAUAGACAGGUGGGUCCAAUGGAGACAGCGAUAUACUGGGUCGAGUAUGUGAUUCGUCAUAAAGGAGCGCCACACUUGAGAGUUGCAGGUCUUGAUCUACCGUGGUACCAAUAUUACCUGUUAGAUGUACUUGGUUUUCUAGUUUUAGUUAGUACGGUUGUUGUAUGUAUUUCCUACUAUUCAGUUAAAGCGAUUUGUAAAAAAAUAUGCAACAAACGUAAAAGUAAAAAAUUAAAACAAAAGUAAAUCUACAUCAAUAAAAAUUACAAUAUA